AUGUUCUCAUCGAGCUCCUCUGUAUCCUCUGCCAACAGCAGCAGCAGUAGUAGCAGCAGUCCUGACAGUCGUUAUCCACCAUACGCAAUUGAAAAAGAAAACGACGUGGAUCACUGCCAUCGUCACAAUCGACACAAGCAACGGCAUCGUACGGACUCAAACCAAAGAGACAAGAGCACGAGUUCAUCGCGUGGUAGCUCCUACGGCAGUAGCGGAAACAGCGACGAGUUGUCACUUGCCAGUACGUGUGAUGAGAAGAUGCGUGUUGAUUUGCCAUCGGAUCGAGAGUUUGUGCCGUUAGAGACGGACAAGGAGAAGGAAAACGUUCGAGAUCAAGUGAUUUGUAUGAUCUUUGACUUGCCCGAGUCUACGCAGUUUUACCAAGACUUUUCGUGUGCCAUUGCGUCGACACUGGCUAUGCAUGGACGCAUGUAUCCAACGAGUACACACGUAUGUUUUUACUCAAAUGUGUUCGGUCGCGAGAGAAAGAUUUUGAUCCCGUACGAGUCCAUUUGCGAAAUUGAAAAGACAACGACAAUGAUGUUUCAGCACUCGAUCCGCCUCGCGAUGUUUGAUAAGGACGAGUAUACUUUUACUAGUUUCUGGGGUAAUAACCGUGAUAGCUGUUAUGAACUCAUCGUGAAGACGCGCAAUCGCGUGCUACGCGAAUUGCGUCCUACUGCAGCCGACGCGUCGAAAUUGCGUCGUCAGGCGCUGUCGAAGUCGUCUAUGACAUUGAACUCCCAGUCUUCAGUUGCGCCGCCACUACCAUUGCAGCCCAAUCCUACAGUAGAGAAAGAUUGUGAAGAAGAAGAAGAGGAAGUCGAUGCUGCUACUGUCCAUGAUAGCUUUGCGAUUAUUGCUAACGAAGGCGAUAACGAUAUGGCAUUGGAGAAUGAAGACGAUGAUGAUCGCACAUCUCCUGCUACUUCGCGCCGGCGCAGUAUGGUCUCGGAUAUGGAUUCGAUCGCACCCAAGGAUAUCUCGAUGAUCCAGGUUCUCGAAGAGGUAUUUCUUGUGUCGGUAGAUACCUUCAUGCAGGCAUUUUAUAUGGAUAAUGCGCCGUUUGGGAUGGACAUAUUCGGCGAACAAACUGGAUCGACUGAAAUGACCGUAACUCCAUGGACGACGUCGUUGGAAGACGAAAAAUCGUUCGGUUCGACACGGUCGCUGCAAUUCCGGGUGCCGAUCGAUGCUCCAAUUGGCCCAAAGUCGUCGCAAGUUGACGUGCUGCAAUGCCUGAAAGAAAGUGAAAAUGGAGUACGUGUUGUAGAGAGCUCGACCCGACUCGUAGACAUUCCGUAUGGCGACUAUUUCAGUGUGGAAGACCGGUGGACUAUUGUGCCACACUCAUCCAACCCCAAUUCCUGCAAACUGUUCAUUGAGUCAAAGGUGGUCUUUGGUAAAUCGACAUUCUGGAAGAAAACCAUCGAAGCCCGAGCGAUCAGUGACAACCGGGCGAAGUGGAAAAAGUGGGUUGGCAUGGCAAAGAAGUUUCUAGACGUGAGAGAUCUUAACGAUAGCACUAACUGUGCCUUGAAGAGUUUUCCGGCUUCCAUCACUUCUACGGAGAAGACGGCACCAGAGAAAAUCAAUAGAAAUGAUCAUGCAUCUGUGGCGAGACGUCGGAGUCGAAGCAAGCCCAGUCACCGUCACAGAUGUUCCACUGCCGCAGCUAUAGGAGCUCGUACAGCCUCUGUGAAAGUGUUCCCGUGGGUUCUGGUUUUGAUUCUUUUCCUAGUCGUUUUGCGCCUGCAAAUGACACUGUUGAGUAUCGAGCAUUACUUGUUAGAUAAUACCGAGCUCAUUGGCGACCUCCAGAAGCAACUUUCCAGGUUCCAGGCGGAAGGCUGUCAGUGA